AUGGAAACGCAUAAUUUGCAGGCGGCGUCGACAUAUGUCAACAAUAUCUUGCUGGCACGGGGCUUAUUAAAUGGAGGACAGGCGAUCGACUUCGCCCAACCCGAUAAUGGAGAAGGAGGGACAGAAGCGACCAUGGCUCGGGUCAUUAACUUGAUCAAUGACCUGGUUUUAAGGAGAGACCGUGAAGCCGAACACCGCGAGAACUUGGCAACAACAAUUCGAACUUUGCGCGUGACCGAGUCAGAGCAGACUGCGGAGAUUACCAAAUACAAGACCAAAUCGACCGAGCUAGCACGAUCACUAGCAUUGACAGAAGCACAAGAGCGUGCGCUCCGGUCUAACAUGUCUAGUGCCGAGACGACGAUCCGUGGGCUUAAAGAGCAAGUCCAGCGCAUGAAGUCAACGGUCCAACAAGUGCGCGCUCAAUGCGCAAACGAUAUCCGAAAACGCGACCUUGAAAUGCAGAGAUUGAAGUCACAUCUAGCUGAGCGACAACGAGGAAAGCGAGAGGGAUUAAGCGUUACCACCAUCAAUAUCAACCCCGGUUCCAGCCGUUCCCGAUUGAGAUCGAGUGGAGGUGAUCGAGUCAAUGACCCAGGAUACAGUCUCAAACAGGAAACAACAGAUUUCCUGACAGAGCUCUGUCAGAAUUUGAGUGAUGAAAAUGAUACCCUGAUCGAGCUUGCGAGAAACACAGUUGAGACCCUCAAGGAGCUACAAGGAUUCCCCCACGAGGAAGAUGGAGAUAACGGCGAUGACAUAGCGGGAAUGGCUGCAAGUGUUGGACCACAGAAAACGCCCGCCAACGCCGUGACUACGCUUCCUACAUCCUGCGAUGAACUAUCGGCGGGCAUGGAGACAGUAUUGGAUCAUUUGCGAACCCUCCUUACAAACCCCUCAUUUGUACCACUGGAAGAGGUCGAAGUUCGGGAUGAAGAGAUCAAGCGACUACGUGAAGGCUGGGAGAAGAUGGAAACCCGUUGGAAACAAGCUGUGACCAUGAUGGAUGGAUGGCAACGUCGUCUCACGGAUGGCGGUGACUCCGUCAGAGUAGAGGAGCUAAAGCUAGGCAUGACUCUCGACAUGAGCGUCAACUCUGCCGAAGAUCUGAGCGCGCAAUGUGAUAGGGAAAACAACCCUAUCUCACCGAUCCUCGAGGAUGAACAAGAGGAAGAACUGAGCGAGGGUGAGCGUCCAGUUCAGAAGCCCUCACUAACUCGUUCUAAGAUUCGCAAAGUUCCUGAACGUGCAGAGCGAGCUUUGCAGGAACGCAGUGACAAUGCAGUGGCCAGACCCAAACGACUCCGAAAGGUUUCUUUUACUCCUGGUCUGCAGGGAUCACCGUGUGUAUCGAUUCCUGACGAUGAAACACUCCAAAUCAAGGCCCAUAAAUCGGAUGCGGUAACUCGCAGGCCAUCUCGUCGCAAGACCGAUUUCAAAUCAACCAGCCAGAUGGAUGAACCCGAAUCUAUGAGUGUUAAUCAGAAACUAGCCGCUGCAGAGGAUGAGGCUCGCGCAGCUGAAAAUUCUCGUAAAGAGCGCGAGUCGAGGAAACGCAGUCGGCCAGCAGCAUCCAGCAGGACUGGUAACCGACGCCGAAGCACUCUUACCAUUGACGAGCUUGACGAUCUUAUGGGAGUUCCAUCCCGCUAA